CACGCACCGCAAUGCCCAUCGCCGUCGCUCCCGCCCUGCGUGGGCACGGCAUCUUCUCGAGCACCGCGCGAGGCCGGAGCCGCGCCGCCUCGGAAGCGGGCCCACCGCCGCCGCUGCCCCAGGAGAUCAAGCAGGAGCGCCGCCCACUGCCCAAGGCCGCCUCGUACACGUACUUCCCGCGCGUCAAGGACCUCGACCAGGUCGCGUCGGAGCAGGACGGCGACGCGGCCACGGCCAAGAAUGGCGACGCCACGUCGGGGAGCUCGUCGGGCGGCUCGAGCCCGUCCGAGGAAGAGCCCCCGCAGAUGCUGCAGAUGAGGCCCUCGGCUGCCUCGCGCCGCUCGUCGCGCUUCCUGCCCUUCUCCAGCAAGAGCAGGGAGCCGUCCGCCGAGCGCAAGCAGGACCGCAAGGCUGAACUGAGCCGCGCAGACGCCGCCAAGCCAGCAGACGCCGCAGGGGGCUCGCCGGCGCGCUCCAUGACGAAGCUGCGCAGGAAGUCGUGGGUCGUCUCGCAGCACUCGCGGCCCGCCUCGCCCACAAAGGAGAAGGCCGCCCAGACCAAGGACGACGCCAAGAAGAGUUCCAUGGACGGCGAGGCGAGCAAACGCAAGACGCCCGCCAGCAUCCCAGAGGAGUCUGUAGCACGCACCCCGGCCCAGCAAACGCCAGACGCCCAGCAGCAAGCGCCCCUCAGCAAGAAGAACAAGCGCCUCAGCGGCCUCAUCACCAACUCGUCCGCCCUGCCCGCCUUCCACAAGUCCUUCUCGACUGACCAGCUCCCCCUGUACCCGCAAACAAGCACGCAGACGCCGCUCAGCCCAUCUCACGUCCCCCCACUGCCACGCAACAUAUCCACCGAGAAACUGAAAGGCAUCAAGACGGAGCCCCGCAAGAAGGACGAACUCUGGAGCGUUUUCAGGACGCUCGAUGCGGACCUGCGCAAGUUCCAGUCAAAGUCCAUGGCCCUCAAAGCAAACGUCGUCCGAACUGCUCUCCUCCCCUUCCUCCGCAACUACGCAUCCCACCCCUCAAACCACAAGCUCAGACCAGAAGACCUGGACCGACGCGCCAACAUUCUCAAUGGAUGGUGGACGGGCUUGCUGGAACUCGUGGCAGGGCGAAACAACCAGUCGAUAUCUGGCACAGACCGCCCGACUAUCCUCGAAGGCCUCGCAGGAAUCAUGGAAAGAUCCGAGUGGAGGCUUUCGCCCUCGCCGUUUUGCGCGCUUGCUGAUCGCGUAGAAACAUCGCCAACCAAGCCAGCCGCUUCCAGUACUUCGAUCAACUCCGAUUUCCUUGCUGAAUCCGUCAUACACAACGUCCGGAAUAUCUUCACGCAGAAUUUGCUGUCGCAGAUGACUUUUGUAGUCGACAAAAUGUCUCCCCGAAACGCACCCGCCAGUCUAGUCACUUUCUGCGGCAAGACCUGUGCCUACGCCUUCAUGUUCUGCCCCGGCAUCGCAGAUAUCUUGGUACGCCUGUGGAAUCCGUCCAUGGAAAUGAUGAAGCGCGUUUUGCAGGAGUCGGGCGUCUCGAAGCUGGACAGUUUGGACACGGUUUCCGAGCAAGUUGUGGCGGCAUUUCCGCCUACCCUUCUCCCACUAAAGUUCCAGUCUCUCGGAAAGCUCGUUCGGACACUACGAGUGCCUGCGUCGUUUCCGCUGGGCACUGCGAACCUCGACUGGUACGGACUCUGGUUGAAACGCUGGUCAGGCGAGGAGAGUGACUUGUUCUACGUUUUCGUCAAGCACUACCACAUCCUCGUGAGCGACUUUCUACCUGCAGAGCCAAGCGACACGGAGCGCAUGUGUGUACCCGGAUUGGUCGCGGUUCAUGCACAGGUUUUGGUUAAUUUGGAUGCCACGAUCAACAGACAUGCUACGCCUCAGCACUCCAACGAUGCAGGAUCGGGACCGGCAGCCAUCACCUUUGACGAUGUAUUAGGAGAACCGGAUGCUUCAGCCUCUGCAAUCGCCAUGCCACCGGCCAACGCUACCCGGCAGAUGCAGGAGAACCGAUUUAUCAUGCUUAUGCGCGACUUUCUGUCUGAGCGGAACUCGCAUCUUCACACUGCAAGACGCAUGUUCGCCAACAGCAUUGCGCACUUGUUGCAGGCACAGACACGCAAAGUGUCAAUAUACGACAGCAAUGCUUGUUACACAUUAUGCGACUUGCUGGAAGAAGCGUUUACCAUCAUGAUCCGCUACGAACAGCUCGACAGUGGGCACCAUUCAAUCUUGAAUUGGCCAUUUUGGCUCUCAGUAUGCAGGAAAAUGGCUGCAAGCGAGAGUACGUCAACCGAGAUCAAGCUGUAUGCCUUUUUGUACAGUAUUUGGUCUGCCAUGGCUGUGGAUGAGCAACGCAAAGCCAGCUUGUGUCUUGAUUUCAUCCUGGAACCCGUGUUCUUUGAAAGCAGGUUCAACCAUUGGUGUCCUAUGGUUCGGUCAUAUUUUAUGCGGCUGCUCUGUUGGCGGGUUGCGAGGUUCGAUGGGGAGGAGACUGAGGUUGAAGUGACGAUCAAGAAGGCGCUCAGCGAUCGCCUUCGCUCCGUGUGGUCCCACUACCUCUGGCUCCAGGAAGAGUCUGAGAGAAAAUCGGUCGUAUUUCCAUCGACACAAGCAUGCAAUCCUGCGCCGGGUCGCCGGUUUUUAAUCAUACGAAAUGACAACCCCGUCCUCGCCAACAACGGCCCGUUUCUUUCUUUCGAUGGUGUCAUGCAAAACACCCACCAGCGGAAGCCAUCAGCUACCACACAACCAAUCCCCGAACCCGAGCCCCGGCCAGUUUCAGUGAUUUCGACAGACUCGCAGGACUUCCCAGAAGAGGAACCCGGGAAAGGAAAGUGGAACAUGUUGAAAAGUUUGAUAGGAGCUGGGCCAAAGCAGUCUUCAAAGUCGAAAUCUGCACCAUCUGCAAAAGAGAAGGAGAAUGCCAAAGCACCAGCCACGAAUGGCACAAAGCCCUCCGAAUCUGCAUCGGCCGAAAAACAUGCUCCUGCCGAAGCUCCCGCACCAGCACCCUCUAAUCACCGCAUCUACAGCUUCCGCUUCUCCCUCGAAUGGGUCGACAAACGCUUCGGAGCCUACCAAAACAUGCGUCUUCAGCCGCCCCGUCUCCCACUCCCUGCGCAGGUCCUCCUCCAGCAGAAAGGCAUCAACAUCGACACGGUCAGCAGUUCCCAGCCCACAGGCACUACUGCAAGGAGCAGUCAGUACGCGGGUCGUGCACUUGCCGAAUGGACGUUUGUCAGCCACGAGUGCCAGAACUUCUUCGAUAGGAGGAAGAACGAAGGCGUGCCAUUGCACAAACUGGUCGAGACGCCGACGCUGAAUGUCGAGGUAUUCAGGCGCCCCGGCUGAGACCCAGUCGAACCUCCACAUUCAUUUGCCGUCUAUUUCUUUUUGCGUACAUGGAGUUCUUUCUUGCCUCGUCGUCGUUGUCGUCCUCGGCGAUUUCGAUACCAUCAUUCCUUUUUUUGCAGGUCUAUCUGCAUGACAACAAGAUUUCCUUUGUGGCGUUCUCAACCGCGCCUUUGGCUUUGAAAGCGCAAAGCACACUUUUCGGCUUGUUGUAUAGUCUGUCCCUUUUGUCUACAAACUCACACUCACACUCGUGCAUAUACGGCAGUGCGCUUUUUGCAUGGGGGUCUAUUUAGUUUCCCCACGGGCGUUUGGAGACUCGAGGGGGGUUUAUUGGGUACAGUGGAUGGAGUGGAAUGGAAUGGAAUGGGCGUGGAUGUAAUGGCCUACCCUUAUAUGGCCUGGCUGUUUCUAUAGAUUCAUGAAUGGCUAUCUUAUCUGUUCGGUA